CGUUUCGUUAGCGCCCAGAGUGAGAGUGUUUGACUGGUGCCGGUAGAUUUUUUUUAGCAGUGCUCGACUUCGCGGGUACGCGUCUUCAAAUGCCGCUCUGCGUUAAGUCUUAGUACAAAGUGUUCUUCUGAAAUAGCGCCAGACGCGUAAGUAUAACAAGUUUGUGUGGUUAGCCGGCGGCCGACGAGUGGACCAUGGCGUCGCUGGACGGCACGGUUAUGGUUUCACGCGCGCGUCGUCGCCCGGCCCGCUACUCGCCCGAGCUUACUACCGCCACCCCCUCGACUGCCGCCACUACCCCGCAACAGUCCGUUGCAUCAGUUCUAACGGACAUGCUCAACAAUAACAACGGCGUCGGUUCGCUAAUCGAGUCCACGCCACCCACAGCGCCGACCGAAUUACGCCACGACCAACAGAACACCUUGAUUACGGGCCCAAAUCACGGCGAUAUGCCACCAACAACCAGGGGUCGUCCCCGACAUGGCAAGUCCAAGAAAAAGAACAAUAAGAAGCGUCAUACAUCGGUAGACGUUAAUAUACACAAUUACACGAAGAGGCCGAGAGUUGCUAACGUCCUUCUUGAAAACGAGAUGCUCAUCGACGAGAUCAGGACGCGGAAGGCACUUUGGCAGAGAACGCACGAACAGCAUCAUUCAUCCACUCUUACUGCGCCACUUUGGGAUGAAGUAGCAAAAAUCCUUGAUUCCACUUCGGACAAUAUACGGAGGAGGUGGAAAAGUCUCAAAGAUCACUACAGAAGGGAAUUGAAAAAGUCAAUGACAGAUGCUACUGCUCCACCUUCUGCUUGGCCUUAUUAUAAGAAAAUGCGUUUUAUGAAAAGUCAAAUGUUUGUAUCUCUUCGUCGAAAAAACGGUGAAGAUCAUCUUGAAAUUCUAAGCGAUGAUGAAGAAGAAAUAAAUAAUCAGUGGAAUGGUCAAGGAGCACGAAAACAAGAAUGUGGUUCUGAUACGAUUGAUGGUUACGAAGUGUCAGAUGAAUACAAUGAAAUGGUGAAAUUUGAACAGCAUAUGCAAACUCAUGAUGACAUUGAUGCUACUCAAGAAGAUGAAGAAGAAGAGGAUGACGAACGGCCUCAAGAGGAAGAGGAGCAAACUGAAGAGAUGCAGGAAGAACAAGAACAGUCUGUAAUACCACCAAUGCAAGAUGAUAGACUUUCUACUAUGCAACAGCAAACUGAAAUGCCAGAAUUAACUAGUAUUGCCAAUAUACGCCAACAACCUGUUAUUACGUCUGAUAUGAGAGCGACUGAUUUGGUAGGUCUUCCGAAUAUAGUAACUACCACUGCCAGUUCUUUAUCAAACAGACUGUCAGGUAUACAGCAACGGGCUGCAGAAAUUGUUCAACAAUCAGAACGAUUGUCUUCACUGCAGCAACAAGAUGAUAUGAAUGGGCAUUUAGAAGACAUGAACACAAGGCAUAACACUUUGCAGGAACAACAUGCUGAGAUAAAUAGUAGGAUAUCUGCCAUUCAGAGAAAUGCAGAAAUAGCAGCAAUUCAGCAACGAGCAAAUAUCUCAGCCAUGCAUGAGAGGGCUCAAAUGUCAGUUCUACAACAGAGAGCUGAAAUGCAGCAGAGAAAUGGAGGUGUAGAUAAUGGUGUUGAUAAUUCGAAUGUUUCACCUAUUACUGGAGAUGGUAGCAUUUCUGAUGACUAUCACUUUUUCAUGAGUUUGAUGCCACACGUAAGGCAUUUUACAUCAUUACAAAAACUCAAAGUAAGAAAUAGAAUACAACAGAUCAUUAUUGAAGAAGCAUCAAACUGCCAGUAUGAUCCUCUAGCAAAUUAAUCAGAAGAGGUUAAUCUGUUUUUUUUUUAUUUUUAUACAUUUGUGUAUUGUCAUGCAAAUGUAUUUGUUCUUAAAAAAUUAUGAAUGCGUUGUUAAAGUGAAUUUCAAUACCAAAGUGAUAUAUGCAUUCAAAUGUAUAAUUCUGUAUAUUAUUAGAAAUAUUAUAUAAUUUAUAUAUGUAAAAAUCUAAAUAGUUUUGUUGUCAUGAAAAGUAUAUAGGGUUAGAUAUAUAAUAGGUAAUUAUAACUACUCUGUAGGAAUCAAAGCGUUAUAAGUUAUAAGUUUAAUAUACUUAACAUACAUUCUUAUGAUAAAAUCUAUUUUAUUAUAACUUUUCUAUUCAAACAAAUUAUGCCACAUUCUUUAUAUAAUUAAAAUAAUGUAUUUUAUAUUGAAAAACUGUAUUAAAAGCUUUGAAGAACUAUAAAACACGUUAACCAAGCAAUCACACUAGUGCAGUGACAAAAAGUUUCUAAUAGUUAUAUGGAUCUAAAAAAUUUAAAGUUUACUACUAUGGAAGAUACAUAAUAAUAAAAAUAACUAAUUACUAUCUUUGAUUGCACCUACCAUUAAUGAACUAUUUUGUUUAUGAUAAAAAAAAUUAUUUUUUCCUAAGAACACCAAGGAACUUUACUUUCACUAUUACAUUACUAUUGAAAAUAAUAAUAAUUAACACUCAAGGUAAUAAUGAUUGGUCAACUUCAGAAAAAUUUCGAAACUAAAGUAGAAAAAGGAAAUAUAUAUUCGGUGAAUGACAUAUUGUUCUGCAUUGUUCUAUGGUAUCCAACCACAAGUAAAAAAGUAAAGUUUAAAAGUUUUUAAGUUUAUUAUGAAUUCUUCGCUGUAUGUGUGCAUUAAUAUUACAUGUUAAACAAACCAAAUAGUUGUUUAAAUGCGUGACUCGAUACUUUUAAAAAUAUUUUGUAUGUUUAAUAUUUCUAAGAACUUUUUAUUAUUUGUAAACUUGUAAUGAAUGAAAACGUUUACAUACUGUAUAUAUGUGCUCUUAUUCAUAAGUUUUUUACCUCGUAACUUGAGAAUAUAAGCGUUAAAUUUGAUUGGAGUUAUUAUUUGGCCUGAAUAAUACGAGUGCUGGCACUAGUGAAAACAGAUUAUAAAGAAAUUUCCAUUCGAAUAAUUAUUGAGGGAUUCAAUAUGUAAAAAAUUAUUUUCGUCUAUACCUUUGUAGAAUAUAAAAAUUCCAACACUACGAAUUGUUAAAAAUGUAAUUUAAAUCAAUUCGAGUAACUCUCACGGUUGUAUUAACACAUUGAAAAAGUUAUCAGUCUAAAAUUAAGAAUAGGAAAAUAAUAUAGAUUGGCUUAUACAGAAGAAAGGCUAAACAAACGAUGCAUGAGAAGAGUAGAGGGUUCACAAUUCAAAACAGUAUACGCGAAGUAAUUAGAGAGGAGAGGAAGAGGCAAAUCCGGUCUCCCUUGCCCUGACCUUAUCCGGCUGACGCGUCGAUGGGUUCACACGUCAAGUGCACCAGUCGCUUUGCUCGACUUUAUACCGUAAUACCAAUAGGUCAAUGUACCGAGUUUCAAUCUUUACGCAUUGGCUUCGAUCUCAUUUGCCCAAGCCAUGGCUUGUACUUUAUGCUUUUUGGCAAAUAUAUACAUUGAAAUAUGCGUUACUAUUAAUUGAUUCAUUGUAUUUCGUCCGACGUUUUUAUCGAUUCAUUGACUGCUUAUCAUCAUGUUACUGGUGAUCUGCUUUGUGAAUUGUACAAAUAUGAUUUUACAUUGCUGUAGAUGAUUUGGUUUUCUCAAUCUUUGUAAAAAAUACGUGUAUAAGUCAAUUUAAUGUGUUUACUUGUCUUGUAUUACAUUUUACCAUAGAUCAUAUAUGUCAGUUUUAAUUUCCUAAAGUUAUGUAUCUCCCUUGACUGUGUUGGAAAAUUAAAAAAUAAA